AUGAUUUUUUUUAAUAUUUUUUUAUUUAAUAUAUAUAUAAUAUUGACGGUUAGUUCAUUUUCAGUUAUGUAUUUGGAUAAAAAAGAUUUAAAAAAAUCAUAUGAUAACAACAUAGUACUUUCCAAAAGGCAAAUAAAUAAUAAGGAAUUUCAUAAUUUAGAAAUUAAAAAUGAACUAGUUAGAAGAGAUAAAAGACAAUUUAUUUUAAAACAACAUAAUUUAUACAAAAAUAAAAUACCAAUUGUUCUUGGUAAUCAUAUUUAUAGAGAAUUGGUAAUUAAAGCAUUAAUGGCUAUUCAAGUUGAAACAUGUUUACAAUUUAGAUUAGUUUCUAGUCUUAGAGAAGCAACAUCAGGAAUCAAUUUUUAUAAUGGUAAAGGUUGCAAUGACCAGUUCAUGGAUACUAUUUUUUUUAAGUGGCAAAAUAUUAGUUUGAAUGAAAGAUGCCAUUCUCCUGGAAGUAUUUAUCAACAAAUUUUUCGUACAUUAGGAAUGAUAUUUGAACAUCAAAGAAAAUGUAGAGAUCAUUAUAUUAUUUUAAUUAAACAUAAUUGGAUGCUAUUUAAAGAUACUUAUUUUCAAUUGAUUCGCCAUAACAAAAUGGAUGAUUUUUCAUAUCCUUAUGAUUAUGGUUCAGUUAUGCAAAAUAAUUGGAAAUUUUUUUCAAAUGGAAAUGGUAAAACAAUGUUACCAACUUCUGAGUUAUAUACAAAAACAAUUGGACAAAAUGAGUAUCCUUCAUUUUUAGAUUUUAAAAGAUUAAAUAAUUUUUAUUGUUCAACAAAAUGUAGAAAAAAAGUAGAAUGUAAAAAUGGUGGUUAUCUUAAUCCUAAUAAUUGUAUUAAAUGUAAAUGUAUAUAUGGUUUUUAUGGAAGUUUUUGUGAAAAAUUUCAAAGACCGUCACGUAUUUGUGUAAGAACACAAUUUGAAGCUAAAUUUUAUGCAGAAACGUUAACAAAUAGUGGAAUUAAAGAAUGUGCUUAUCAAAUAAUAGCUCCUACAGGGAGACAUAUUGCAAUAAGGGUAUUGGCAGUUAAAAUAUAUCCAGAAUUAGUUACAACUUGUUCUCCUUUUAAUACUCUGGAAAUAAAAUAUUGGAGAGAUAAAACUGCAACAGGGGUACGUUUAUGUGGAGUAACAUCAAGUAUCAAUAUUGUAACAAGAGAUAAUUUUGCAUUAUUGUAUUUUAGAAGCUUAAAAGCUAACAAUAUGUUCUAUUUGCAAUAUAAAGUUUUAUAG